UCAGCCGGAGCCCCGCUCGCUCUGCGCCUGCUCCGCGCGGCUGGGAGGGCCCUGCCCGCACCACAGAGGCGGAGUCAUGGCGGGGACGGCGCUGAAGCGGCUGAUGGCCGAGUACAAGCAGCUGACCCUGAACCCACCAGAAGGGAUUGUAGCAGGUCCUAUGAAUGAAGAGAACUUCUUUGAGUGGGAAGCUCUGAUUAUGGGUCCUGAAGAUACCUGUUUCGAGUACGGGGUUUUCCCUGCUAUUCUGAGCUUCCCACUCGACUAUCCGUUGAGUCCUCCGAAGAUGAGGUUCACGUGCGAGAUGUUCCAUCCAAACAUUUACCCGGACGGGAGAGUUUGCAUCUCUAUUCUUCAUGCUCCUGGGGAUGAUCCCAUGGGAUAUGAGAGCAGUGCUGAGCGAUGGAGUCCUGUGCAGAGCGUGGAAAAGAUCCUAUUGUCAGUCGUUAGCAUGCUGGCAGAGCCAAACGAUGAAAGUGGAGCCAACGUAGAUGCCUCCAAGAUGUGGCGGGAAGACAGAGAACAAUUUAACAAAAUUGCCAAGCAGAUUGUGCAGAAGUCACUUGGACUUUAAGCUCACAGAAAGACUGCAGUGUUUUGUAUUUCUCCCCACCUGAAAAAGAGCAGUGCUCAGUGCUGGUACCAAAAAGGAAAUCUUUGCAAAAUUAUUGGGCUACUACUUCUUAUCCUUCAUUAUUUAUUUCCCAUUUCUCUUCUGCUUUUGCUGCUCCAGAGAAGCCUAGAGGCUUAGAGUUUACUCACUAGAGUGGGAGUUAGUUUACUCACUAAAUUGUGGGGGAAAGGGAUUUCUUGCUAGGGAGAAAUACUGGGGCAGUGCUGUUUCAAAGGCUAUUUGUUGCUACCUCACUUCAUGGUAUGGAAAGCUCGGAGGAUUUGCAAUCUGCAGCCCACUUCUGCCAAUCCGCUGUCUGAGAACGGCGCUGUUUUAGGUCACCUGCCAGGAGAAUUAGUUUUACAGUCACACAGGCAGUAUUGCACCUGGAGCGGCAGUAGGCAGAAAAUAAUCUGUCAAUUUUAUGAUACUUGCUAAGCUAAAGGCAGCAUUUCAAAUUGAUUUGAAGAGUGUGGUUCGCCAGAGAGGCUGUAAAACAAGGUUGUAGUCAGAGUGGUUUAAUGUAGAAAGUGGCUUUGCACCGUGUGACUUUUAAAAGGUCUUGGUGGCCGUUACCAGCGACUGGCUAGUGGUCUGGAAUAGGCUGGUGUUCCUACAUUACACUGUGAAUUUGUAUCAAGCCUUUGAGUCAGUGUUUUCUUCGAAGAAAUCCCAAAACUACUUUAUUGCUUCUUGAAGACAUUCAAUGUAAACUUUACGUUCAAUUAGAGGCGCGAGAUACAAAGACUGGAUUCUUAAACACCUUUGGCCAGGUUCACCGUGGCUAGGUGGGUCAUCUGCAGCCUGACAAUUCAGUGGGAACGUGCCUGCUCCACUGGGAACAUGAAAUACCUGCUCAGAAAAUUAGGCAUGACUUGCCUUUGCCAUGAUAGCCCAGGUCACCUGCUUUUCAGGUGAAUGAGCCUUCGCUAACCAAUGUGGUGAAUUUUGUACAAUUAACUGUAACACUUGAUGCUGACUGCUCUUAUGUAUUUAAAUAGGAGUCAGAGAAAACCUCAGUUGUGUUUUCUAGAGGAUGGUAAGAUGCUUGUUUAAAACUGCAGAGUAUUGUAGCCGAAGUCUGGUGUGCGGGUUGUGGGAAAUAGAUGCUGCGAUGAGCUGGGAAACUGAUGAGGGGCUGCUGGUGACCUUUGUGCUUCGCAACCGGAUCUCUUAAGUCCAAAUCUCCUUCAACUUACUGCAAGCAAUAACACGGCCAUCGAUAACACGUGGAAUCAGAUUUUGUUGGCUGCUUUAAAUGGGCUAAAUUCAAGAAGGGCUUUUUUUUUUCCAGGAGAAGCGUGUGCUGUGGACAUAGUUACGCUGUGCAGAAAGCUUCACGGAGGCGAUUGCUUGCAUGCGUGUGGGUAGAACUUGUAUUUACGCCUCGCUGUCCGUGCCGCCUAUUCAUGUGCUGCAGAUCACAGUAUGCCAUCUUUCUGCACCUUUGAAGAGUUUGUAUUGCUGUAACUUGCUGAGCUUACCUCCCUUUAGAAGUAUUUCUUCUCCCCUUGGUGUAAGGGUGCGAGGAGGACCCACCAUCACCUGGGAGCAGAGAGGAAGGGAUAAUAUUGUACCUAACUAGUAUUUCAGGGCAUACAGGGAAAUGUAGCAUUUGUAUGCAAGAGAGAGGGGUUCUUUGGAUUGUGAUAGUUGAAGUGUAGCUCCUGGGAGUGCCUCAAACGCUUUUGGAAGCAAUGCUGGAGAGCUCUGCGCCGCGCAGCAAACGAUGUGUUCAGCAGACGUGGCCAGACCGGGCUCUUUUUAAGCGCGGAGUAUUUUACUUACGUGUGUUCACUCGUUACCUUUAUUUUACAGUGGGAUUUAGUCUGUAUACUGAAAAUAAAGUGAUUGUAUUUCUUCCUUUUAUAAAUGUA